CGUUCUUGCUUUUGGUUCCACCGAAUCCGUUGGUGUCGUGCUGCGGAACUUCGAAGCAAAGCCAGAUGGUUGUCAUUGGAUUCCGGUGAUACGGAUAGGAUUUGGGUUUCCAUCAAAAUCCUGUCUUUACCUCACUUUCGUUUCGUUUAAUCUUCACCUCGGCUACUGCACUGUUCUGCAAUUGCCUAUGCUUCGUCAGUUCACUUGAAGCAGCAUAUGCUGUUCUGAUCGAGGUCUUUUCCAUAUGUAGAGUGAAGCUACCCGUUGAGCUUGAUACCAUUGGUGCCUUGAAGAUCUGCCGGUUGCUUGAAUCCUCAACUUUGUCCUUGAGUACUCAGUGAACUGGUAUUUAAUGCAAGCUUCACAAAAGCCAAGAUUAUGGGAUGCUUCAGACAGGUUCUACGACCUGCCCGCAAAAGAGCUCGAGUCUUCUCAUUGGUCUUCGAUCACAAACUUUGACCAUCUCUCAUGCUCCGAUGAGAGCAGCCAAGGGAAUUGUAUGCUCGAAUCAUCCUCGGGAAGUGCACCUUAUCAUGUAAAUGAUUCCCCGUCAAUUGUGAGAUUUUCACCUGAUGGAAGUCCCACAGCGAAACGAGCAUCGGUGCCUGAUUCUUCUGCACAAGACCAUCUGAAUGACCUCGAACUAAAAGUGCGAGAACUGGAAACUGUCAUGCUAGGACCCAGCUCAGAUAUGCCCCACACGGUUGAUAUCAACUUCUUGGUUGGAUCUGGCCAGAUGUCUCAGGAGACGGAGACAUUGAUGGAGAUUAUCUCCAGGAGGGACCUAAAGGAGAUUCUCUGUGCUUGUGCUAAAGCAGUUGAAGACAACGACACCUUAAAAUUUGAGUGUUUAAUAUCAGAGUUACGCCCGAUGGUGUCUGUUUCCGGUGACCCGAUCCAACGAUUAUCAGCAUACAUGUUGGAAGGGCUCAUAGCAAGAUUGGCAAGUUCGGGAAGCUCUAUUUACAAAGCUUUAAAGUGCAAAGAGCCUGCUGGUGCAGAGCUGCUAUCGUACAUGCACAUUCUCUAUGAUAUAUGUCCUUAUUUCAAGUUUGGGUACAUGUCGGCGAACGGAUCAAUCGCAGAAGUCAUGAAGGACGAAAACAUUAUCCAUAUAAUCGAUUUUCAGAUUGCUCAGGGAGGCCAGUGGAUCACCCUGAUUCAGGCUCUUGCAGCACGGCCCGGUGGGCCACCCUGUAUCCGAAUAACUGGGAUCAACGAUUCAGGAUCUGCUUAUGCCCGUGGAGGAGGCCUGGAAAUCGUCGGCCAGAGGUUGUCUAGACUUGCUGAAGCCUGCAGGGUACCAUUUCAGUUCCAUGCUUGUGGAGUUCCCGCUUCAGAGGUUGAAAUUGGAAACCUGCCAAUUCGAGCUGGCGAGGCAAUAGCCGUAAAUUUUCCCCUCAUGUUGCAUCACAUACCAGAUGAGAGCGUCUGUUCGCAGAAUCACCGUGAUAGGCUUAUAAGGAUGGCUAAGAGCUUGUCCCCGAAAGUUGUGACUCUUGUUGAGCAAGAAUCGAACACGAACACUGCCCCAUUCUUCCCGCGUUUCCUUGAGACACUUAACUACUAUUUGUCAGUAUUUGAAUCCAUUGACGUGGCUCUGCCAAGGGAGCACAAGGAGCGGGUCAAUGUCGAGCAGCAUUGCCUUGCUCGGGAUAUUGUUAACCUGAUUGCAUGCGAGGGGAUGGAGAGAGUUGAGCGUCAUGAGUUGCUUGGAAAGUGGAGAAUGCGGUUCAUCAUGGCUGGUUUUAGUCCAUACCCUUUAAGUUCCUUUGUGAAUACUACGAUCAAGAGCUUGCUGUCGAGUUACUGCGACAAGUAUACACUAGAGGAGAGAGACGGGGCUCUGUACCUUGGCUGGAUGAACCGCCCUCUUGUUGCUUCUUGUGCAUGGAGGUGACACAUUUGAAUGCUCGAGUUUUCCAUAUUUCUCCAAUAUUUUCUUUGUUCUGUCUGUACUUCAAGAGAUCAGCUAUAGGUGUAAUAUCACAUAUUAGAAAUAAAUCAGGCUUGUUCUUGUUCCUCUUUUUAA